AUGUUUCAAAAUCCUAUAAUUAAAAGAGAAUUAAAGUUGAGUACUCCUUUUGAGCCUCAAAUUCGUCAAUAAUAUGGAUAAAAUUAUAUUCCAACAACAAUAUAAAAUGAUUAAAAUCCAUACUCUUAAAUAUAUGUCCCUAAUACAUAAAAUCAACCAGGUAUAUAUAAAUAAGGAAAUACUAUAAAUUCUUUAUCUUUAAAUGGUAAUCAUAAUCUAAUCUAAAACAAUUCAACUACAGAUAAUAAAAUUAAUGGAUAAUAGCCACAAUAAAUUGUUUAAAAGCCAAAAAAAAAAUUAGUUUUAAAAAGUACCGUUCAAUAAAGUUUUAUUUUAGAUCAAAAUGUAGAAAAGAAAGUAUUUUCAUUAAAUUAAUAAUAUAGGCUGAUGAAGAUCAAAGAAAAUUAGUAGAAUAAAAAAAAUUAGAAGAUGAAAGAAAAAAAAAUGAAGAAGAAUAACAAAGAUUACUAGAGCUUAAAAAACCAAAACCUUAUUCUAAAGAAGAUCUUAAGAAACUAGUAGAGGCUAUCAAUGUAAUUUAAAAAAUUAUCAUUUAGGAUUUCAAUGAGUAUUUUAAUUAAGAUGAAUGGAAAAUAUUAUAGGAAAGAAAGCACUUUAAUAUUAAAGAAAUAUAAAUUAAAAAUUAACCAAGAAAAGAAGGAAAGAGUAAUACUUAUACAAAGACACCAAAUUAAAAUUAAUAAAGAAAUUCUAAUAAACCAACUGUUACAGUACAACCAUUUGAUAGAGCACAAAUCUAAUCAGCAACUGAAACUCAACCAAAGAUUAUCAUAGUUAGAGUUGUUGAAGAUAUCUAAACUAAAUAAUUAAAAGAUAAAAUGAAAUCUUAAGCUGAAGACUUCUUUUAAACUUUAAAUUAAACACCUGAAUAAAGGGAGAUUAUUUUUAAGGAAAUUAGAUACAGAUUAAAUUAAUUGGCACCAGACAAUUUUGAUAUGACUUCUUAGAAUAUAAUCAAACUUGUAAUAGAAAAGUAAUUUUAUUUUUAUAUUAAAUAAUAGUAAAAACGAAAAUGAUUCACCUUAUUUGGAGUAUUUGGCAUAAAAAAUCAUUGAAAAGUCUUAAACAGAACCAAAAUAUAGAAAACUAUAUACAAAACUUUGUUAACUCUUAAUAAAAGAACCUUAACUUACUAUUUAAAAAGAAAAAUAGGAUGGUAAGGCUAAGAGUAUCUCUCUAUUUAAAAAUCAACUAUUAAAUUAAGUUCAAUAAGUAUUUGAUGAAAGAAAGAAUAAGAAAGAAGAUCUAUCUCAUAUGAAACCAGAAGAAAGAGAAUAAUAUCAUUUAAUAAGAAAGUCAAAAAUUAUGGGAAGUAUAUAAUAUUAAUAAAUAUUUAAGAUGUACGUUUUAUUGGAGACUUAUUUUUAUCAAAAGUACUACCAAUCUUAGCUGUAGAAUAUGCAAUAAGAGAAUUAAUUUCUGAUUUUGUAUCUUAAUAUUAACCAAAUACAGAAAAUAGUGAAGAAUCCAUUGAGGGUUUGAUUGAAUUAUUAGACCAAAGUAAUAAUAUAUGUAUAAACAUUUUUAGUUGGUGGAUCAUACAAGACUUAGAACACUACUGAUUUAGAUAUUUUAAGGAAAGAACUCAAAAAUUUCUUUGAUGGUACAACAAAAAAUCUAGAAGAAGCAAAAGGAUUCUUAUAAAAAACACUUGAAAAAAAUCUUUCUAUUGAAAUUAUAAUGGAAAUGUAUUAAAUUUAAUUAAUAUUAAUAGAUUUAAUAUAUUUAUUUGUAAGUAUAAACUUUCUUAAAGAAUUUCUAUGUUGAUAGAAAAUGUUUAAGAAAGAAGAAAUUAAGGUUGGAAAGAUCAUUAUAGUAGAUAAGAUUAAGCUUAGAGUGCUAAAAUCAUUUAAUAAGAAUAAGAAAAAGAAAUAAUUGAAUAAAAUUAUAAUCAAAGUAAGAACAAGAACAAAAAGUAUUAAGCUUAAUAAGUGCUUUAUGUUGAAAAAAAUUCAAGUUCAUCAUCAACUACAACAUCUGUUCAAUAACAAUAAUAAUUAUUUGAUUAAAAUGAAUUGGCAAUCUUUGUUUAAGGAACUUUCAAUAUGGAACCAUAAUAAUAAGAAACUAAACUUUUAGAAGAAUUGAAAAGAAUUGGUGUUUCAGAUGAAGCUAUUUAAAAAUUCUUUGAAGUAUUUUUCGAAUCUCUUCUCUCAUGUAAUAAAAUUAAUUUAUUAUAUAGAUAAAUUAAUGAAAUAAAAUAUUGAAAGAGCUCAAAUGGUUUUUGAAUUGUUAAGUAAAAUAGAAGCUAAAGAAGAAAUUGUCAAAAAGGCUACUUAAAAGGUAAAUUAAUAAUAAAAAUUUAGGCCUUGAAUGAAGACAAAGUAUAUGAUCUGGCUGAUUCGCCUACAGCAAUUGACUUAUUUGUUGAUAUAAUUGGAUAUUUCUUAAAUGAAUCUGAUAUCAAUUCCUUAAAGAAGUUGUAUUUCAAACCUUAAAUUGACAUUGAAGAUUUUAAUGAUUUCAUGAGUAAGGUAGCUACUUAAUUAAUCAUAAAAUAUUCUGAUAAAGAAUUUAUAAUUAAAGAAUACUUUGGAAUUCUAGGUUAUUAACUUUGA